UGAAGGUAAGAUGUGGUCACGCGCUUUCUCGAACCAAGAACCAAAAUAAAGAAAAUGGCUGAUCCGGUGGUCCUUGGCGGCUGGAUCAGUUUUGCCUGUGUUGUGUUGCUGACUCUCAUAUUCUCAGCACUUUAUAUAAGACUCCACAGAAGUAAAACAGACAGUGAGAGGAGCUCUACAAUCACAUCAGUGCUAGCUGUAGCAGUGGCAUUGUUGACCUCUGCCUUAGUGCCCGUAGACAUAUUUCUGGUAGCUUUUAUGAAAGAUCCAGAUGGAAAAUUCAAGGAGUGGGCAGAGUCCAAUGUUACCAGGCAGGAAGUGGAGACAUCAGUACUAUACACCUAUUAUACCAUGUAUGCACUGAUCACAUUCUUCCUGUUCUUUGCCCUACCAUUUGUAUAUUUUUACUAUGAAGAGAAGGAAGAUGAGAAUCCAGGUAAAAAGCGUUUCUGCUCUGCAUUCCUGUACACUUUGGUGUUCCUGUUCAUAGCAGGAGUGCUGUUGCUAGUUGGAGCUUUUGCUCCCAUGAAGACUGCACCUGAUGCCAAUCUGACAGAAUGGAAACGGUUGGAGUUCCUAUUCAAGGAUUUAGCAACAAACAAUGGAGAAGAUGCCUUGUCAUUUCUCAUCUGUUCACUGACACUGAUUGGUCUGCUUGGACUCAUGAUAUACACUGCUUAUGGUAUGACAGCCUGGCCAGUGAACCUCAUCCGAGGGACCCGUGGGGCUAGUACUGAGCUGUCAGAGGUUUCAAUGAAUAGGGCAAGAAGGAGUGAUCAAAUUGAAGCUAUAAGAAACAAGUAUGGUGCAGGUCGCCGUAUUUCUGCUAGGGACAGGCGUCAGAUAGAAUCUCUUGAAGAUGAGGAGCACCUGCUGGAAAGACAAGAGCGCCAUCUACAGGCAGAGGCCAACAACUGUUGUAGCAAAUGUCUUAAGAUUCUCCGCCCACUGGAGAUGAUUGCAGGAAUUGUAUUCUUUUUGGUGGCAUUGUUGAUUUUCCUGUCUCUGUUGCUCACUAACAUAGACAAAGCAAUGCAUUCCUAUGGGUGGAGAAUGGGAUAUGCACUGCCACACAGAACGUUACCAAACCCACUGGAUAUUGUACUGGUCUUUUCACAGCAGGUUUUCCCACUGGACUACAUUUUGAUGGCCGGUAUCAUUAUGUACUUUUUCUUCUGCUCUAUGGCUGGGAUUCACGAUAUUGGAAUCUGGUUCUUCUGGAUAAAGAUGUACAAGAUUCGGCCUAGAAAAACCAGACCCCAGGGUCUUCUCAUGAUGUGUUUUCUAUUGAUGUUGAUUGGGUUGGCUACCAAUGUGAUCAUAUAUGAGCUGACACCACAGUACUCAAUGUAUGGCAGCCAGCAUUAUGUGGCAAAUUCUACCAAGGUCACUAUGUGCAGUACCAGUGCACCUGAAGGUGACUGUGUGAUGACCAGGUUCACCACAUUGUUGACCAGAUUCUUCUACAAGGUCUGGUUCUUUGGAGCCUGCUACUACUGGGCAGGAUGGGUGUUCCUAGCUGUGAUACCGCUGUCAUUUGUGAUCUCCUUGUGCAGAAGAAGAAAAUCUUCCAUCAAUGGGCAGGUUGAGGAGGAUGACUUUGAUAGUGAUGAAGAACUCUUGUCAGCCUGAGAUCAAAUUAAAAGAGGAAAAGGCUUUCUUCUAGCAACAUUUAAAACAGUUUUAUAUCUGUUUAUUUUCUAAAAUCAUCUCAUGCUUCAUUAUUGUUGGUGGCCAAUCUUGAAGUCAAGGUCAGCAGUCUGGAAUAUUUGUUCAAUUACUUACAGAUUUCUUACUGAAUACACUUUGCUCACAUUUGAUCUGAAAAAUUCCAGUAAUUGGUCAUGCUUUCACACUCUCACCGACAUUCUCAUGAUGAAAUUUUCCAUUCUUUCACUUCGUGUUACAUAUUAGUGCAAAUGCAUAAUAGUAUGUACUGUAUUCUGGUCUUCUUAUUGACAAAUUUUUGAUGCCACAGCCUCAUUUUAAUUCACAGACAGCCACAGUGGAGAAUGACAAUUUGUAGAUAUUUAAGGCAGCUCCUAUUGUGUAGUGUGCAGUUAUGGUACUGUCCAGACAGCUGGGGUACUGGAGAUUGGACGUUGUAGUAGAUAAUAACAUUGAUAAGGUUUAUGGAAUACAGAAUACAAUGAUGCUGUAGAAAAGAGGUUUACAAAAAUCAGGUUCUCUGCUAAAUUGCUAUCUUACCAAUACUGCAAAAUUUCACCCGUUUUCAAUAUUUUGAUCUGUUCAGGUGGAAAUUAUGUUUCCAAAAUGACAUUGUGCUUCAAAAUGAUCAUUCUGUCGUGAAUGGCUGUAAAUCAUUGUACAUAGUUGUGUGUUCAAUAGGUUGCUAUAUCAACUGACACAUUACAUGAGAUUUACUGUUGUGUGUACUCUUUAGACUUGUAGACCGAGGUUACAUUAAGUUAAUAAUCUAGAGGUUAAUACAGACCUAAGUAUUAUGUUCAAGUAUUAUGUGUUAUGUAAUGAUAUGCUUUGGGGUGUUGGUAUCUGUCUGUAAAGAUACAUCUAUUUAUUAUCUCGUACCCCUAGGUAUUUCACACACAGUGAAUCAUUUAAACUUUUUAUGAAAAAAAUUAAUGUUAUUUUGUUAAUAGAAAUUGUAGAGAUCUUGUUUAAGUGAACAAAAUUAUGAGAUUGUAAUGCAUGUAGUUUCUGUACAUUCCACUCAAAUAUAUGGUUUAAGUGAACCUAAUUUAGACGUUAUUAGAAGCAAGUUUUUUACUUGAUUGCAGUGUUAAAAUUGGAGGAUUUUUACUCAACAUCUGGUUUGAAAUCUUUCACUUAUACUCGGUCUUCAUUGUGGCAUUCAGAGAUGUCAUCCUCAUAUUUUCCUGACCCUAGUACUAUAUAUAUAUAUAUAUAUAUAUAUAUAUAUAUGCCAAUGUUUUAACACGGAUGUGCAAUGGUUUAAAAUUCAAAUAUGUUGAAAUAAAAAGAAUGACUCCAUUUAUUAUCAUAAUGAAUUUAAUGAGGAAUCUGUUUUUCAUUCAUUGGAAAAAAACUUUUCAGUAUCAUAAAAUGUAUCAAAAAGAUACUACAAACCAAUAUAUUACCCAAAAACCAGAUUUUUAACAAAUUGAGGACAUUUUAGAGAAUAAUGGCAGAGGAGCCCUACAAAUUCUUUCAUCAUAAAAAGUCUCAAUGAUUUUUGCAUACAAUCUAACAUUUCUUUCACUCAUGUUAAAAUCAUUAUGACACAUACAUACAAAAUAAAUUUAUUAAUAACAAUGAUUUGUCAUCAAGGAUGAAGGAGUCCACAUUACUUGUAAUUCUUAGACUUGACUUCAAGCAAGUCCAUUAUAAAUCUAUCAAUAAAUCAACAAAUAACAAUAAGCUUUUUCUCACUUUAAAAAUAUCAAUGUGGUCUCCUCCAUUUUCCUUGCAAUGAUUAAUAAAUAGAACAAGAGCUUAAGAUAUUGUCCUCUAGCAAUAUGUACAAGGCUGAAGAAACAACAUCCUUUUCUAUUUAAUGCAAUUUUGACAAAAGAAACCUUACCAAAGGUAACCUCACUUUUGACAGACAUUUUAAAUGAAGCCCCAAAAAGUAUGCCCUAAUUCUUUUAAAUCAAGGAUGCACCGAGUAUCUCUUUCAACCUUGUACACCUAAAUGUGUAUAAUUUUUGUGUCACCCUAAACAUUUUACUACAUGAACCUUGAAUUUUAUUUAACCAUGACUAUUAUUUAACUUUUUGAUCACCCUUGGUUCAUAAAAACACCAUCUGAUAGUAAUGGAUCAUAACUUAAGCUUUCAUACUUUAUCAUGAUAAAAUGUUAAAUGUUCAUGUAGAAAUAUUGGCUAGGACUUGAAACUUGAUAUAAUAUUAACAAAUACACUUACGCACAGUUCACCCCACAAUUUACAAGGUUUUAGGUUGUCUCAUUCAUACACCAUUCACUCAGUCUCAGAUUACCAAGAACCAUGCCAGAAAACCUUAAUCUGCACUGGGGUCCAAUAAUAACAAUGUGGAUUAAUGAGGUGCCAGCACAUACAUAUAGCAAUAAUCAUUUAAAUGGUGACCAAAAAAAAAAAAAAA